UUUUACAUCUAGGGUUUAAAUGUGCGCAUGCGCAGUAACAAGCGCGCCUCCUUACUCGCUCCAUCGUGCGCUACACUCUCUCACUUGUUCUUUCACUUUGUGGCUCCUCACAAACAUGGCACCGACAAAGCCCGUUGUGCCCGCCAAGGCCGGCAAGAAGCAGCACAUCCGCGGCAAGGGUAUGAAGAAGAAGAAGGUCGCACUUCGUUUCACCAUCGACUGCACUCAUCCCGUCGAAGAUACUAUUCUGGAUGUUGCCAAUUUUGAAAAAUACCUCUUGGAGAGGAUUAAGGUCAAUGGCAAGACCAACAACAUGGGCAAAGAUGUCACCCUAGGACGCGAAAAGAACACCAAACUGGUGCUCACCUCCGAUAUUCCAUUCUCAAAGAGGUAUCUGAAGUACCUCACCAAGAAGUACUUGAAGAAGAACAACUUGAGAGACUGGCUCAGGGUGGUUGCAUCUGGCAAGGACAAAUAUGAGUUGAGAUACUUCCAGAUCAACAACCAAGAUGAUGAUGACGAUGAAGAUAACGAUUAAGUUAAUGUCAUUAUCACUUAUUUGAUAAUAAUAAACCUAUAAAACGUUUAAAA